AUGCAUUAUUUUAAAUAAGGCGGUCUUACAGAGUGGAUAACAUAACCUCAAAAUUAAUGCUUGGUAUUUUGUUAAUUAUUUGGAGUUUAUUAUUUGGAUAGUUUUUAUAUACACACACACGUCAAAAAUGUUCGAAGAAUCGAAUAUAUCAGAAGAUGAAGAUGAGGACCUGCCGAUUACCCAAGUGACAAAAUGCUUAAAAGAGGCCGGUUUGUUCGAUCCCAGUAUGUCAACCUCGGAAAUGUCGGAAUUAUAUCGAGUUCUCAAUCAUUCUAAAACUACCGCAACAGCUGAAGACGAACAGAGGCGCACCAUAGCAGAUGCCAAUUCAAAUUAUGAUUUCGUUGAUGAAAUGCGUUUAAACAGCGUACCAGUCAAAAAAUCGGAGCAGUCAGAGUUACGUGAAAGUCAAAUGGACGUUUCAGAAACGAGCACUUCACAAACACUCACACGUAAUUCUAGCAUUACCGAUGAAAACGUCGAUCCUAAGCAGAGGUGUAAUGAUUUUGAUAGUGUCGAUGUAUUUAACAGUGCUCCAACAAAACACCCACCUCUCACUUUAAUUAGCUAUAAGCCGAAAUAUAAUCCCCCACUAUACUGUGACCCUAAAUUUAUUAAACUGAACUUGGAGGAGAGAAAGCGGCUGCUAUCUGAAUACCACAGGAAGCUAAUUCAAAUUUAUGAUACCUUUCAACGUAAAUCAAAAGUAUACGCUCCUUUGGGCAAACCCGUACAACCCGAUAUUAAAUUCAAUGGGACUCUGUUAAAGGGUAACGACAAAGUGAUCAGUUAUGAUUUCGAGGAUGAGGACCUUUUUGUGGAAGAUAACCUUUCUGACAUCUACAUUACAAAAACAGGGAGACAAACGAAGCGUAAAUUGUAUACGGAAAGUUUGAAUGACUCUUGGAGAAACAAAUCGUCCUCUCAUCACAACCAAGACUACUCCCCCACUAGCUCCGUAUCCAAAAGAAGGAAUAUAUCUACAUUGAAUAACGAUCAAAUAAUGAAAAGAAGCAAGAUAUUUUCACCUAAGUCGGAGAGACUGUUUGACAAGUUAAAGGAAAAGGAAGAGCAGGAAAAAGAGUUGACGAAGGAAACUAAAAAAUUUGUCGAUUCCUUGGCUAAUAAUAGCGACGAAGAUUAUGUUGAUGAUUCUACAGACGUAGCCGAAUUGGUACAUGCUGAAGAAGCAUUUACCACUAGAAGAAUUGUACCUCCAAAUCCAACGAAAAAUUCGGGGAAACGACGUGGACGUGGUGGAAAGUCGAAGGCGAUUAAGAACAGCAACAAAAAAGCAGCGAGCGGGUAUGAUGUGGAGAUCGAGGACAAGUCACAAUCAUCAACCUCCAACAUAAUGGGAGCGUGUCCAAUUUGCGGUUUAGAAUUCGUACAAGACGUCCUAGCGACGCACGCAGAUAAAUGUAUCGAUAGCUUCGAGCAAAAGGAUACGUCUACAACAAUUUUGUUUAACGGUAGCGAUAGGAUCACAUGCGAAAAUUGCGAUGAGGUGUUACCUUUCAAUACAGAAUAUGAAGUUCAUGUCAGGGAAUGUCUCGCUAAGUCGACAUGAUCGAUUCGUAUAUUGUAGAUGUUACUUUUAUUUUUUAAUGUUAGUUUAAAAUGAUAAUAAUAAUGUUUGUGCAGUUGAA